CAGUAUAAUAGAUCAGUUAGAAAUGUGUGUCAAUAGAAGUAUUCAAGAUUGCCAAUAUAGUGAUAGGAGCAUGUUCGAACCUGCUUUAAGAGCAGCAACAGUCAUAUGUAAAAAUACUGAUGCAUAUAGGAAAGCUCUUCAAUGUUACUUUAAUUCUGCUGUUGAAGAAAUAGUUGAUAUUUGUACUGAAAACUUGGGCGAAAGCGACAUGAGCUGCGGGAGUAUUUUGGCUUACCAGACUUGUAUAACAGCAGAUAAUUCUUUGAGAGAUCAUUGUAGUGCAUUAGAUAUUACAUUACUUGGUAAUAUUACCACAGCAAGUAUAUACAUAUUUAUCCAAAAAUACAACUGUAUAGUAACUACUAGAUCAACCACAUUGCCUUCAACAAUAAAGACAUCAACAGCAUCAUUAUCAACAUUAUCAACAACAGCUUCCAGAACAACGAAGGGUACCAAUAAUCCCAACUACCCGGGUCCUAAUACUGACGAAAUGGAAGGAGGAGCUGCAUCGCUAGCAAAAUGUCUUGUUUUGUCCUUGAUGACCCUGUUUUGUGCCGUCAUAGCAAUGUAUGCAUAGAUUUGUAAAGACAUUGUUAUUGUUUAUAGAAUUAUCUUUGCUUUACAUUGCCAUUCAAAAUCCUAUUUCAACAAUAGUAGCAGACAUAUUUAUUUUUGGUGUGCGUAAAACUAGUUUUGAAAGAUUGUAUAAUGAUAUAUAUAAUUGAUUUACUUUUGUAUUAAAAGAUGUAUCUUCUGAAGACGGUGG